AUGGAUCAAGAUAUAACAUCUAAGCUGCAAAAAUUUAAUUUAUCUGGUAAGGAAGAAAGUGGGCUGAGUCUUUCAGAAGAAGUUGUUGCCAUGGGCAUUCAAGAUUGCAACCUUAGUCUCAUAGGUAAAAUUUAUGGGGAGAAAAAAGUGAAUUUUAGUGGGCUCAAAACCACUCUAGGGAGCAUUUGGGCUACUGUGAAGCCUUUUUCUACUAGGAAUCUAGGAAACAACCUGUUUCAAUUCCUGUUUCAAUCAGAACAGGAUAGAGACAGGAUCCUAGAUGGAAAAACCUGGAAUUUUGAUGGGCAAUAUCUUCUUCUGAAGCUUUGGAAUUAUGAGAACAAUGACUUCAAUGAGGAAGAUGAAAAAAUCAAAAUCUGGGUUCAUGUUCUGAACCUACCUCUUCAUUGGCUGUCUGCUGAUACUGGGAUGAAACUGGGUAGACUGUUAGGGAAAACUCUAAAUGUCCAAGUGCCAGGAAUAGGAAACUAUUCUGGCCAUAAUCUUAAAAUUUUGGUUCAACUUCCUCUGUCUGAACCUAUCUUGAGAGGCACUUUCAUUAAAAUAGGGGGGACUAAUACUUGGGUAGAUUUUAGAUAUGAAAACAUUCAAAGCUUUUGCUUUUACUGUGGGGUGAUAGGACACUCUGAUAGAAGUUGUCCUAAGAAAAAAGAUGAUAUCAACAAUGAUAAUCUUCAGCUGGGGCAGUUUGGGGAUUGGCUUAGAAUUAGCAGCUCUUCCUCUAGUGGAUUCAGAAACCACAGUGGAUUCAAUGUUGGCAGCCAUGCCAGCACAGAAGCUACUGAGCCAUCCUCUGAACAGCCUUUAGCUAAAAGUGUGGUGGGAGACAAAGGUAGCACUGGGAAUCCCAAUAGUUUAACCCCUAUUAGCACUGCUGAAAUAAGGAAAACUAUUGUGGAAACUAGUAAAUUAGAUAAGGCUGUUGUUACUAGGGAGGUGAAGGAUGUAGAGUCUUUGGUGCACAAAGACAACAUACUCCAAAAGGAUGCUGUGAUGAAUACUGAUACUAACCUUAUUGAAAUCAAUGUGCAAGCUUCUACAAUUGGUAGAAGAAUAGUUCACAGAAAGAAAAUAGGUGCAGCCAAGGAUGCUAAUUCUAACAAGGAGGCUGCUACUGAACAAAUUCACAUUGAUAAGGCUAUAACUCCUAAGAAAAAUGUGGGUAAGGGUAAUAAUAAAAGAACUAUUGAGGACUUAACUCAGAAACCUGAUAAUGAGGAUGGUGUUGUUCUUGUGCAGUUGAAGGAGAUCGAUUCUAACUCAGUUGGGGAUUCUGGGAGAGUAGGGUUGCCAUGGUUGACAAUCAGUGCUCACUUAACUGAGGAGGGGUUGAUUGAAGUGAUGUGCUCUGGUAAAGAUGGGGACAACAAGAAGUUGCAAUUGGAUGGUGUUAUAGCAAGUGCAGAUGGGGAGAUGGAUGACACUGAAGUAGCUCUUCAUGCUGCUAAGUGGAGCCUGGGACAAUACAAAGAGAUAAAAGGACAACCAUGUACCUGCUAUUUCAAUGAUGCCAAAGCUGUGAAGUUGCUGUCUAAUUCUGUACCUUAUUGUUGCUCUUAUUUUGACCUGGUUGAGGAGGUUAAGACUUUAUUUUUGGAUGGUAAUAUUGUGAACUGUUUGUUUUUUUAG